AUGGAUAACAAAAAUUUUACCCAAAGCAUAUUCUAUAAAGGGUUUAACGAAAGGAGAGUAAAUUACCUGAACGUUAAUGCAAAUACAGACUUGGAAAACGCACACUGUUUGAAUGUCUCCUCAGGAGUUACUCCCAUUAAAAGCGGAAAGGAAGAAAACAGUAUGUUAAAAAUGAAUGUUCAGAAAGUGAAUGACUCGAGACAAACGGGAAAUACAAAGAUUAAUCAAAACGAAUUCAUUGGUAAAAUUCAGAACCACGUAAACCUUAACAACAUGCACUCCAACGCGGCUUAUGCAAAUGGAGGGUUGGUAUACAUGGAUAAGAAAAUGGGUGGAGGGAAUGUGAACAGCCACAUAUAUAGCAACUUGGCGAGCACCCCCUCAGGUUUGGUGCCCACGGACGGGAGUGCACAGAAAAAUAUUUUCAAUCAAGGAAUUUACCCCGAUGUGAAAAACUUCGAUAGAGUGGACACGAGCCGAAUGAAUAUGAACACGUUCAGCAACACCAGGAACGUUCCACCCAUGAAAAGUGGUGAAUACAUUUUUUCCGGGGCUCAACAUCAUUUGGGGUAUAUGGAAGCCAAGCAGGCGAGCAGUAAGACAGGACCCCCUAUUGCAGGAGGCCGCAUGGGAAGUAACCCCAUUUCAGGGGGAAACGUUUUUGGGGGGCAAAUUUUAGGUACUCGUGGGAAGGAGAACCAAAUGGGUACGUAUCUAAUUAACCCCAUCAGUGGUGGGCCCAUGCCAACGUCAGGGAUGAGUUCAGCAGCGUAUGAGGGUGGUCACUCUGGGGCCAGUCGCGUGGACACCAUGAUGAAGGAUGGCCUCUUUGGCAACAUGUACCGCACGAUUCAGGGCGGAAGCAGCGCCAACAUCAAUGUUAACUCAAGUGCCAAUGUGAAUGCUAAAAGCACGGUAAUGGGAAAUGCACAAAGUACCUUAUCUAACUUUAUUAAUAGCGGGAUAAGCAGGAACAACCCGCCACCCAGUGAUACAGCCAUGAACCAAGUACCCUUCCAAACAUCGGAAAAUUUGAGCAAUACAAAAAACACCAAUUUGAAUGUAUUCGAAAAUAAGGCAAAUGAGUUGAAAGACAUAGAUGCGUCCAACAUAUCAACAAACUUGAAUCAGAUGAAUCAACUCAGACAGAAAAUUUCCUUCAAUAAUUUUACGAACACGGUUAGUAGCCAUCACCACAGUGUGAAUAACAAUCAAAACUUCAACCAUGUAAGUAAUUUCGGCAACGCCAUAAAUAAGGUAGACUCUUUUAACGUUCCACCUGCACAGGGGUCCAACAGUAUGCAUAAGGGGGCAAUAUUGAGCAGUACGCUGUUGAGUGGUGCACUCAAUAGCAACGGAAUGAACAUGCCAGGAAUGAAUCUCUCCAGCGGGGGAAACCUUCACGGAGAAGGCAACCUUCAUACCUAUGGAAAACAUAGCAUGACUAACCCGUUAAGUGGGAACGCGCUCGGUAUGGACGGGAGCGGGGGAGGAACCCACUUCGCCUCGAUGGGCCACGAUGUUGGGGUGGCACAAGUAGGUAACCAAGGCAACAUGGAAAGCCAUGGAAAUAUGGGCAACGCCCAUCUGACGGGCAUCCCAAUGGCAAGCGCGCCUACCAGUGGAAACCUCAUGGGCAAUAUGGGUAACGCCCACAAGGGAAUCUCCGAGGGUCAUAUAAAGGGGAGAGGAAACCUAAUCAAUUAUGGAUAUAUGAACGACAAGGGAAAGAUGAAUGAGCUGAUUGGUAUGGGAGGAGACAGUACCAAGGGGGGGAUACUUAACGAGGCGAACACCACUUAUAGCGGAAUGACUUUAUUCGGUGGAGGAGCUUCCCAUGCGAGUGGAGUGCAUUUUGUAAAUCCCAUGGGUGGACAGAAUAGUUACUCGGGGGGAUCGAUCAAUUUGAAAAGCAAUACAGAGAAGGCAGACAUGCAUAGAGAAGGAGCUGUGUUGAAGGGAGGAGUAUCUGACGGGACUAGCGCGCUCAUCCGUACAGCCAAUCAAUCCACUGCGAACCAAGGCGCUCCAAACACCAACGCCAUCAGCACGGACAACUAUGCUAACCUUCUCAAGCAUCUGUGUACUCCAAUAAAAAAUCGACUCGCUAGUAGCAACACGGAUAGAUUGAACAGUGUCAAUAUUGGUGAGCACGUCAACCAGGAGGGAACAUUCACAGGGGAAGGUGCCAAGGAGAGUAACAUUUCAGGGGUGCAUGAAAAUGCGGCGACGGACAUGUUUGUGGGAAACGGGGUAUCCAAAGGGAAUGCAGAUGAUGGGAAAGUGCAGGAAAAUAUAAACCUUGGCAACAUCUCUCGUGCUGUCGAUUUUAGUGGAGAAGGUGACAUUGUGCGUAAGGAUACCCUGGACAACAUUACGAGUAGCAGUAACGCCGCCGCUAAUAUCGGAGGGAGUGCGCCCAGCUGGGGCCAUGUGUACGACUUGAAGAAGAUGAGUCGGUUCGCCGAGAAGAAGCGGAUGGACGAGGAGGCGGCGGAGGCUGGAUGCACUCAUGGAAACCGUAACGGCCAUGAUCAAGGUGAAUUGCAAGACCACCCCCACGGUGACAACCAAAACUGCCAUGACCACGGUGAUCGUAGUGAUUUGCGGCACGAGGGGAAGAACAAGCCAAGGAGGAGCAACAAGAGCAAGACGAAGGCCUUCUUCUACAUCAACCCCAAGUACAUCAUUGAGCCUUUGAAGAGAAAAAUAUAUCAGAACAUGUCCAUCUAUAUCGAGAAUUUAAUAAGCGAUGUUCAAGGCAGUGAGAAUAAGAACCGAGGGGAAAUAUUGGCCGACCUUCAUAACACUCCCUGGUUCUGUAUGGUCUUCGACUUUGAUGGAAUUAGUAAAUUACUUAACGUUUUUAAUAAAUAUUUGAUUUACUCCGACUCGUUAAUCAUCCCCGAUGUGUUGAUCGGGAGGAAGAUGGAAGCGGAGAGCACGUGCACUGUACAAACUUCUCAUCCGAUGGGUGAAAACGAAACAAGGGAAGAUGCCAAUCAUGAUCACACACAACAGCGGCAAGGACAGUUCAAUCACUACUUCAAAAAAAGUGACAAAUUGAAUUUGAUAAAUAAGAAAAUAAAUGAUUAUGAGCAUAGCAUAAUCGAGAGUGCAGAAAAGUUGUCGUACCUCAAGGAGCUAUGUACUUCUAUGAAAGGACAAGUAGAUACAAAGAAAAAAAAGCUUCUUCUCCUGAUGGAGAGUGCCAAGCUGAGGUUGUUUGCAUACAAAAGCAAAGAACUUCAAACGAUUAUCGACAUUGAAAGGAACUCUGAAUUUGUUGCGAAAGAAGAGGAACAGAUUAACCUAACGAAUGAAUAUUAUGAUAUGUUCAAAAAGAUAAAUGAAGGAUUAGAUUUUUUAAAAAAAUAUUCCAACGUUGUAAUUUCCACACAGAGUAUGCACGAUGAAAUUACUCACGAGGAGGAGAGCAAACACUUGUGCCAAUCCUCUGUGUCCACGGAUGAUUUAAGCUGUGAAAAUAAUUUAAACGAACACCAGAACGAUGAUGUGGACAACGACGAUGAUGAUUAUGACGAGGAUGAUGAUGAUGAUGAUGAUGAUGACGAAGAGGAUGAUGAAGGAGAUCAUCUGCAUGCGAACCAACGUGGCGGUGAAGGAAACUACCAACGGAAUGACCACACCGGUGGCUACGAACAUGAUCACAUCAGCAACAUGCACAUGUCUCCCAAAAAGCGAAAGAAAAGAAGAAAAAAAAGAAACGGCCACGAGGCCCUCCUGCAGAGGAAGAACGCAACCCACGACGCGUUGGAUGAUAAAGCCGAGAAGGAAGUAAGCAAGAAGCGUAAAACUGUCAACCAGGUUAAAAACUUGCAAUGGGAAAAAGAGGACAACGAGGAGUGGGUCGACGAGUUUUUGGAGGAUUUCUAA